CUCGUGUCGGAUUUCCCUGGAUCGGCGUCAUGGUUAUAUGAUAAUUCUCGCUACUUCCUGCUCACUUCUUGACGGUCUUCUUAAUUCUCCUCCUCCUCCUCCUCCUCUUCCACCACCUGCUCCCCCUUCCUCCCCCGCCUUCAGCCUCCUUCCUCCUCGAAGAGCUGAUUCCACCUCCCCCCCGCAGAUCACGAUGCGUCUGUGCACGCCACCUUCACCCCUCGCAGCAGCACAAGGUUCCGCAGCGUCUGCCAGCUCCGUUGCACGUCGUUCAGUCGUGCGCCCACGUGGUGGCCUCGUUGGGCGGAAAUGCUAGUUUCGUCGCCUUCGCCGUCCGCCGCCCUGCGACCUUCCCCCUCCUCUCCGACCACCACCACCACCACCUCUCAUUCCCUUGCUCAUUCUCAUCACUCCCACUCUCACCCUAAUUCUCAUCCCCAACCCCCUCUCCCCCCCUCCUCCUCCACCUCGUCGUCUUCCCCCUUCGCUACACACUCUCGGCAUCCUCCGCCUCAGCAUUAUGAGCCCCCCGGGCCCGCUUCUGCUGCUGCUGCUUCCAACCCCCGUUUUGAACCACAAUCCUCCCGUCUGGCCAUCGAAGAGCUUCGAUCGGCCCUGAAUCGGCACACCGUUGGCUCCUCGCCCCCCGGGCCCUCAGGGGAUUUCUCUCGCGGUCGCAUGUCCGCUGGGCUGACCUCUGGGGGCGGAAGUAGCACCACGUCUCAUCCGCCUGCUGACGCCGCCAUUCCCGCCUCCAAUCCCACGCACCCUUCUCUAGAUCGUCCUACCAAUAACGUGUCCGCCGCUGCCGUCCCUGCAUCCUCCUCCGUUCCCGCUCCGGGUGCCCAUUCAACGUUUACCUCCUCGAUGCCUGCCCCGAAUAGCGCCGGCUCCGGGUCCAACAAGCGUAACAGCCCCAACGACCUUCCUGCCGGCGAUGCGCGGGUAGCGGGUCUGGGCCACGCCGACCUCGAAGGCUCUCAGACGAAACGAAUGCGACCGGAGAAGCCCGAGGUCAAGUUGCUGCCGCAACGUUACGAGCUGGCCGAUUCUCGAGAUAUUGUGGUGUUGAUAUCUAGUAUGCUGAUGGAGCUGAUACGAUUCAACGAUAAAAUCCCUUUGAACCAAGGCCGUCUAACUCGCUUCCACUCGCGGUCGCCGCCACGGAUUUCGGUACAAGACUACCUACAGCGACUUACCACCCACGCCACGUUGUCGCCCCCAAUUCUCUUGAGCAUGGUGUACUAUAUUGACCGACUCUGCACGCUGUAUCCGGCCUUCACCGUGUCCAGUCUGACAAUCCAUCGAUUCCUCAUUGCGAGUGCCACGGUGGCCAGCAAGGGACUGAGUGACAGCUUUUGGACCAACAAAACAUACGCUCGGGUGGGCGGUAUCACCAUGACGGAGCUGGCUCUACUGGAACUGGAAUUUCUGUUCCGCGUGGAGUGGCGCAUUGUCCCCGAACCUGAAGUACUUGUAGACUAUUACAAAAGUCUAGCCGAACGAUGUGAUGGGUAUGCGAUCGAGCGUGAUAGUUGAUCCACCUCCGAUUCGACAUCUGCAGAGCCUGCGAGCCACCCGAAGAUUUAGAUUGCUUGCAUAUAUUUCUGGGCUUGGACGGCGCGAGCUAGGGAUUAUCUGGAGGUUGUGGGAACCCCGAUGUGUUUGUACCAGUACAUAUAACACACAUACACGGACAUGGAGUUGAUAUUGUUUCUGCAUAGUUUGAUGGCGAGGAGCGAUCGAUAUCCUUACGGCUGGUGUUUCUUGCCUUUUUUUUCCCUCUCGCUGUCUCCUACCCUCUUUUUUCUUGUUGUCAUUUUCCUUCCUGCUUUUUGAGUUUUUCUUGUCUUCAACUUUCCGGCCUCUUACCACUAGUAUACACCCUGUACAGAAUCCACUC